AUGUCGGAAUCCAACCCCUCAAUCCAAAAGGAAGCCCCACCUUCGUCUGGGAGCUCGGAAGCCUCUGAUAUCCUGGACUUAAAAGAUGAUGAAGGCUGGGAAGAUGCAGAACCAGACGAGGAAGAAACGCAAUUCAUUUCCUUGUUAGAUGACGAAGUUUUUACAGAUAUUAUGUCUAUGUUGAAUCACUGCAAAGACAAACACAACUUUGAUUUCCUCCAAGUCAGGCAAAGACUCGGCUUAGACUUCUACGGCAAUAUAAAAUUGGUCAACUACAUCCGGACUCAAGUUCACAACGGGCACAAAGUCACAGAGGAUGUCUCAAAGGAGGCUUUUGAAGAUGAGAAGUUCCUCAAGCCACUCCUGGAAGAUGACGCUUUGCUUUUUAGCUUGGAUGAACUCCCAGAUGUAGAGCAGAAUUUUUCGGCUUCACAGGACAAUGGCAAGGGGGCUGAGAGAGACUCCGGAGAGCUCGUAUCUCGAGUUUCUGAGCUGGAAGAGGAGUUGCGAAUGAUGCAGACUCAAUUUGACAAUUACCGGGCUACUGUCAAGGAGACUUUGGAUGAGAGAUGGAAUAACCAAGACACCACUGAACAAUCGUCCAACGCCAAAAAGGAGGAAACGAGGGAUGAUGAUAGUCACUACUUCAGCUCAUACUCGUACAAUGACAUCCAUGAAACCAUGCUCAAAGACGCCAUCCGUACUGACGCCUACCGAGACUUUAUCUACAACAACAAAUCCCUCUUUGCCGGCAAGGUAGUCCUCGACGUCGGCUGUGGCACCGGAAUCCUCAGCAUGUUCUGCGCCAAAGCAGGUGCCUCCCGCGUUAUCGCCGUCGACAACUCCGCUAUCAUCGACAAGGCCCGUGAAAACGUCUUCGCUAAUGGCUUCUCCGACACUAUCACCUGCUUACGUGGCAAAAUCGAAGAAGUCAAUCUCCCAGUCGACAAAGUCGAUAUCAUUGUGAGUGAGUGGAUGGGGUAUUGUUUGUUGUAUGAGGCUAUGCUUGAUAGUGUUAUUUGGGCUCGGGAUAGGUAUCUUAGACCAGAUGGCCUGAUGGUACCGAGUCAUAUGAAUAUGUGGGUUGCGCCAAUUGCGGAUCCAGACUAUGUCUCGGAUCAUAUUGCGUUUUGGAGGGAUGUGUAUGGAUUUGAUAUGAAGGCUAUGCAGGCGGGGAUUCAUGAUGAUGCGCAGGUCCUUCAUAUGCCAGCUAGCACGGUGUGCGCUGAGCCUUUCCCGUUCUUGCAACUCAGUCUUCACUCCACUACUGUCAAAGACCUCGUGUUUAAGCGAAAGUGGGUAGGAAAGUUGAAGCAGGAUAUUGAUGCUUUGGAUGGCUUCAUCAUCUGGUUCGAUUCCUUCUUCAUGCCUUCGCGAGAAGAUAUUGUUCCCCAGGAUGCGAAAGCUGAAGAGUGGGCCAAGACCGGUAAAAGGGGGAAUGCAUUCACCACUGGACCAAAUGGGACAGCAACCCAUUGGAAGCAAGGCGUCAUGCUUAUCGAAAACACGAAGACAAAGCCUGAGAGCAGGAAAGAAGGAGAGCAGCUGAGUGGUGAGCUGGAAUAUUCUGUCCCAGAAGACAACUCUCGCGCUCUGACUGUGGGCAUGACCUGGAAGUUCGACAGCGAGGAGAAGGAGAACUCACAGAAGUGGAACAUGAAGUGA